AAUCAUUAUAACCUCCUUCGAUAAUUUUGAUUUUCACAAAUAUAUUGAUAAUGCUACACAGUUUCAUACAUUAGCGUGACAUCAGUAGAAAUUCAUUUUGAACAACUGGUGCCAUCGUAAAAUGCCAUGAACGAUCUUAAGGUAAAUCUAUCCGUGCCUUUCCCAAGUGCGAGGGAAGCAGAAGUAGCAUAUGAGGUGCUUCGAGUCGACGAGGAACCGUCUAGAAGUGCAGUGACCAAGAAGCUUACAUUAAAUAAUAAUAUCCUAGAAGUAUCAUUCAGUGGCAAAGAAGCACGGAAGGUACGUGUAGGACUUACAUCCUUCUUUGACAGUCUUUUACUAGUCACAGAAACCAUUCAACAAUUCGGCCCACCUGAACCAAUAUACAAUCACUAAUUAGCCAAUAGUCUUUUG